GCAUCAAUAUAGCUUCAAUGUUUUCCCUUUUGCUUUUAUGGCUAUGAUUUUAUUUUACUAAAUAAAAGGAAUAUAUUAUCACGGCAACUUUAAAAGUACAAUAAACAGAAAAACAAUUGUUAACAUGAGAGCUAUAUCAACUUGUAGUGAACAUUAAACUGUGCACCUAUAAGUAAACGUGUAUCAUUUUGUACAAUUCUGAUGUGGCCCAAUCAUGUUGAGCCCGUGACUUAUCUAUCAGCUAAUUUCGUUUUGUAGUUUUUUCUUGUUAGCUUGUUUCGGUUAUAAAUUAAGUUCUUUGUGCAAUAAUGGCGUACCAAACUUUUCUUCAAGAGUAUAUGCUUAUACCCCCGGUCACUAGAGCCUAUACAACCGCUUGCGUUGUCACAAGUCUAGCAGUCCAACUGGACCUAGUGUCUCCAUUUCAACUAUAUUUCAACCCUAUACUGAUCCUCAGGAAGUACCAGCUAUGGCGGCUGGUGACCACAUUCCUCUUUUUUGGAAACUUAAAUUUUAAUUUCUUCUUCAAUAUGAUAUUUACAUAUAGAUACUGUAGGAUGCUAGAAGAAGGAUCAUUUAGAGGAAGAACAGCUGAUUUUGUUGUUAUGUUCGUGUUUGGAGGAGUACUGAUGAUUUUGUGUGCCUUUUUCGUUAAUCUAUUAUUUUUAGGACAGGCAUUCACCAUCAUGAUUGUGUAUGUGUGGUCUCGUCGGAAUGUAUUUGUUCGGAUGAACUUCUUUGGCCUUAUGAAUUUCCAGGCCCCGUACCUACCGUGGGUCCUACUCGGCUUCUCUGUACUGCUAGGGAACGCGAUAUCGGUAGAUUUGGUCGGCAUGGCCAUUGGCCACAUCUACUUCUUCUUGGAAGAUGUACUGCCAAGGAAAAGGGGUGGACAGAAAAUACUUAAAACGCCAAAAUUCUUGAAGAAACUCUUCGACCCAGCCUCCGAAGAUCCGGACUACGAGCCCCUACCAGAGCUCGACAACAUCCGGCCAGGCGGCUUCAACUGGCGUCGGAACCCUGAAGACGAUGCCAACGCCAACCCCAACCCCAAUGCCAACGCUAAUGCCAAUCAAAACCCUAAUGCGGAAGGGGACGCCAGAUAAGAUCUCAAACUGUACAGUGUCAUAGUCAUGUUAGAUGAUUUAUACAGAUCUAGUGAUAAAACCUUUCCCACAGGCCUGGGAACAUGAAAAUUGGGACUUUAAAAUUAAAGUUCUCUUCUUUUUCUGUCACUCUAACCUAAUUAUGUAUGUCUAGAAAUAAACUAUUUUGCUAAAAUUAUGCUUUAUCAGCAAGUUUGGAAACGAAUCAAAUUAUUUAAUUAAAUAGUUUGAUAUUUUUAUUACAGUUUAUGCUUUAUAUCAGAUUACCCUAAGACAUUCUUACUACAUAUGUAUGAUCAAUGUAAUUUUUUAAGGCGCCAUUGGACGUGAGUAACGAAACAGAAACGAAAUUUGCAAGGCAAAAAAUCGUGCCCAGUAAUAAAAUCUUACAGGAGGCGAAUGCUCUGAAUGCCAUUUCGUAAGGUACAGGCAUUGAUCAUGGAGGGAAAGCGGCGUGAAAGAGCCAGGUGUUAAGAGUCACUUGUAUUAUUUCAGUACUUUCAAAUUUUUUAUGAGAAAUGUAUGUAGGUGACGGGAAAUUGUUGUGCCCACUAAUACAAAUAAAAGUUUGGCUUCUUCAUGCGACUUUCCUCCUACAGUGCCCGUCUUGAAUGAGUUUUAAAAGCCCAUCAACGUGCUCACUAGCGCCACUGCUAAAUAAUUGUGAUUAUUUAAAUUUAGCGAUAUAUAUUUAAAAUGGGGGGCCGCUAUGUACUGUAUUUCGUAUUUAAGUACCUUUUGAAUACAUCACUAGUUUUUGUGUUGCUAGAUUCGUCGAUCUAUGUACUCAAAACAAAAACGGCCGUUUUAACUUUGAACGCAAAGGUUGACGAAUCCAGCAACGUAAAAACUAUUAUAAUGUAUUCAAAAGGUACUUAAAUACAAAAUACAUACAUACAUACAUAGCGGCCCCCCUUUUUAAAAUAUCUAAUCGUUAAAUUUAAAUAAUCACAAUUAUUUACCAGUGGCGCUAGUGAGCACGUUGAUGGGCUCUUAAAUAAAGAUAAUAGUUCUACAAAUUGAAGACCAAAGCAGUUUAGGUUAAGCUUAAUAUGACAAAAUUUUAUUUACCUUGUUUUUAAUUCUAACUUUUUUGUUCAGAUUUAGAUGUGUUCAGUUCAUAAAAAUACACAAUAUUUUUUUUCAAAAAUUAUGGUUUAUACGUUAGCGUGUAGCUAUUUAAGGCUUAAAGGGGACUGACUCAGUCCGCCGGACGAUAUCUGCCUGUCAGUUAAAACAAAAAUUUGACAGUUCCGAACCACUGAUAGGCCGAUAUCGUCCGGCGGACUGAUAGCCAGUGGGGGCAGUGGACCCCUUUAGAACGCACUGCGAUUAAUUUCUUGCGGCUUCAGAACCACAAAAAGUGUAACGUACCUACGGCAUGAUGUUUCAUAAGCGCACGUACUUGCAAGACUGAAACCGCAAGAAAUUAGACAUAAAUUAAUUAUUGUGCGUUCUAAGCCUAAUGCUUCGCAAUAGUCGAGUAAAAGGUUAUUUUUCAGUUUAUUAAAACUUAAAACUAUCAGCUUAUACUUUAGUGCUUCCAUUUUUGGGCCUAUUGUUACUUUGUUUAAGGUAUGUUAUUUUAAAUUUGUUGACAGCGCCAUUGUGCCUUUUUUCGGGGUUUAGUUUUUUAUUUAACCAAAAAUAAAUUAUAAUUUACAAAUUUAUUCAAUAGCAUGAGUAUACAGUCAGUCUUAAAUAUAUUACGACGUAGUUAAGGAAAAAAAAAACCCUAUGAAGUCAAAUUAGUAAUCGGAAUCCUUCAACUUAAAUUGAUCCUAGUAGCAAGGAAUUACGGUUCAAAUUGGAAUGUUAAAUAGUUGGGCUAGCUUCCCUAACCCUAUGAAUUUUUAAAUUAGAACUCACUUUACCUUUUAGACUGGAGCUCCAUUUGCGUUUACUUUGCUUGUUUAACCUAAUUUAAAUAUUGCCUUCAUUAACUUGAGUUUAAAGGUUUUAUUUCGAUUUACUAUGAAAUUUAAUAAAAAUGAUCACCCGGUCAGUCCUAGGUUAAUAGGAGUUAUUUGCAAUUUUAGUUGUCCACUUUCACUCAAACUGUACAUAGAAAAUAAAGUGUUGUUCCGUAUAAAAAAUAUUAGCGAAACGACGCAUUUGUAGACGGCGUAAAUUUCUAUCACUCGUUAGAUUAAUACGUAACGGCACAUAGUAUCAAUGCCUGUCCUGUAAAUAUUUUGUAUAAUAAGAAUGAUAAGAUAAAUGUGUUUUGUAUUCAUUCAGUUGUGUAGGGUUUCAUCAAUGUGAGGAUUUCUAUGUUAAUAAAUGAUGUGGCCCAUUA